AAGGAAAGUCUUUCAUUUGGAUGGAGCAAGUGACCGAGUGAGCAAACAGAAACAAAAAAAACCCAAGGCUAUAGGCAUGGCCACAGCCCUUCACCCAUCACCAAAACCACCCCAACUAGGCCUCUUCUUUCCCUCCACAACCAACUUCCUUUCACCCAUCCUUCCAAGUCUCCACCACCGCCACCACCGCAGCUGCAAAAGCUCAAUUCCAAAGAUACCCCUCUCAUCAUCCUUCAGAAAUGGAAGCAACACCCCAUCAGAAACAGGGUGCCCUGUUCCGCAAGACCAACAGCCCAUAAACGAGUACCAGAGCCUCUCGACAUCCUUCCCCUUCUCAUGGGCCGCCGGUGACUUCGUCGAAUACGGCUCCAGAUUGUUCGUCACUGGCGCUUCUUUUGCGCUCUUUAUCGGCCUCCCCGUGGCCUGGUUCGGCGCCCUGGGGCCCGACCAAGAGCCAUUUAAGCGGAUUAUCUGCUCUGUUUCAAGUGGGGUUUUUGUGGUGACUCUUGCCGUUGUGAGGAUGUACCUGGGUUGGGCUUAUGUGGGGAACCGACUGCUUAGUGCCACAGUUGAAUAUGAAGAGACAGGCUGGUAUGAUGGCCAGAUAUGGGUGAAAACUGCUGAAGUUUUGGCACGCGACAGGCUCCUUGGUUCAUUUUCUGUCAAGCCUGUGCUGAGCAGAUUAAAGGUUACUCUUGUGAUUCUUGCUGCGUCAUUAUAUGCAUGUGUUCUUCUCCUCACUAACGUUGAUGGAGGCCAAAAGGUGUCCAAUUUCACAUCAGAAAAUGGAGUAAUACCUGGAGUUUACAAUGAUGAGUCUGCAAGAGCAUUCGAGCCAGACGCAUUCUGUGGUGAACCUGGUCUUCCCUAAAAGUCAGCCAUGAAGCUGUUUUCAAUUACUAUAUAAUAAAUAUAUUAUUUAGUGUAUAGGCAGAAGCAUGCCUUCAAAUCCCAUACUGUACAGUUCUUCAUAUUGCUAUAUAUAUAUAUAUAUAUAUAUAUAUAU